AGGAAGAGGCAUAAAGACCAGGGUUGCGUCGUCGUCGACUGCAGCCUUGCGUGACAACACCAAACCGGAUUCGUGUUUCUGGUAUAGACGUUUUUUUUUUCGUUUUUUUCUUCUCGAAGCGGACCAAUCUUAUAUUUACACAUUUCGUCGACCAGUGUAAAUGAACUGUUCUGUUUGGUGUUGUAACGUGGAUAAAGUUAAGGAAAACCUUCUAAUGGAGGCUUGCUGGGCAAAAUGGCUGGGCUCACUGAAAUGUGAAACGUACGGUUAGCAGUGGUAGCAGAAAUAACAGGCUACGCAAGGGCGUUUUUAUAAUCCUUUACUCGCAGAAACACCGUUUUAUUUUUCACCGCUGGACACAAAAAAUGAUUUUAUCCAUGCGUUGGGAUUGAAUUUUAUUGUGGAUACCUGCAUUUUUCGACAGUUUGUUUUUUUGUUGUUGUUUUUUCUCCCUCCCCCCCCAAUCCGAUUGCUGCUUGACUGAUUUGGCAUUGUUACUGCUUUCUGUUAUUGUCUCGUCGGGUCAGCUGUGUUCAUCGUUGACGUGAACUGACUAACUAAUAUAUAUAUAUAUAUAUACCAAGCAACAGCCGAACGAACACAUUUCAGAAGUUUGCUUUGGUGUGACAAUUGUUAUAUUUCUUUGGACCGAGACCGACUUGUAUGCCGUGUACUAACUAAUCUACAUUAACACUCGGCUAUUAUUGAUAUUCGACACGACAAUUAAAUUAACACUCGAAACCUUUUUUUUUAUAUUUACCAAAAGUUACCCAACUAUUAUAAAAGAGACACUUUUUUUUCUUACAGUUACCAUUGGACACUGCAAUUUUUUUAUUUUAUUUUUUGCAGGUAAAUACCCUUUUUUUUUUUAAUAAACCUGCAAUCAUGGGUGAAUUCCUGAAAUACAUCGACUACGAUCACAAGACCAGCUUCUUGAAGAUGUUGAACCAGCAGAGGAUGGAAGGGGACCACUGCGACGUUGUGGUUGUGGUGGAAAACGUUGAGUUCAGAGCUCACCGCUGUGUCCUGGCUGCCUGCAGCAUCUACUUCAAGAAGCUGUUUAAAAAACAGAACGAUGUGGACAACUCCAUCGUAGAGCUCGACUUCAUCCGUUCCGACAUCUUCGAGGAGGUACUCAAUUACAUGUACACCGCCAGGCUCGCCGUCCGCAAAAAGGACAUCAACCUCAUGAUGUCAUCCGGACAGGUCCUGGGGAUCACGUUCCUCGACAACCUGUGUUCACAGAAGCGUGAGCCCAAUAUGAAGCUGAGUCGUGAGAACCAGGCGCCAGGGGACGGUAUGAGAGCCCAGGACGCGAUCCUCAAAGAGCUGGCAAUGGAGGAGGUGAGGAAGAACAGCUUCUACGAUGGAGGGAUGGAGGCCAUGGGCUCAGGAGGACCUCAUGGGGUCCCUCCUCACUUCGGUGGGAACAUGUCUAAAGAUCCCCACAGCGCCCACGGAUGGACCUCCUCUUCCUCCUCCAGCGAUAUGAAGCUAGACUACCUGCUGUACGGCCACCGCUCUGACGGCAUCCACCCGGGAAUGAAACCAGGCGGAGACGGCCCCAAGAAAGACAAGUCCCACCUGGCCCACCGUCCCUUCGCUUGCGAAGUGUGCCCCAAAACCUUUACCACCCAAGCCCACCUCAAAGAGCACCUGAAGAUCCACACAGGCUUUAAACCGCACCGCUGCCUGGUCUGUGGCAAGGCGUUCAUACGAGGGCCCGACUUAAAGCGUCAUGAGAGGGUCCACAGCAACGAGAGACCCUUCGGAUGCCAGAUGUGUGAAAAGGCCUUCAAGCACAAGUCCCACCUGCGAGAUCACGAGCGGCAGCACCGAGGAGAGAGGCCUUUCAACUGCGGCUCCUGUGAAAAGGCCUUCAUCAAAGCGUCGGACCUGAAGCGCCACUGGAACACGAUGCACAGCCAGCGCAGAACGCUGUCCCCCGCCGCCGCUGCCUCCGCCACCCCUGGCAGCAUCCAGGGAGACACCGACACGCAGAGCCAGAGGGACUGGAAGCUAGAGGCUGGGCCACAUUCGUAAGGACUGACUGUUACACACACACACACCAUGCGUAUAUAGUGACAGACACACAUGACAGACACACACACACACACACACACACAUGAAUACAGGCCCUGUGAUAUAUACUGAGGUGUAAUGUCACAUAGACAAUGAGAAGAUGUGAUCAUACCAUGUCCAUUACUGUAAUGUCCAUAAUGGACAUGUAGUAGAUAUGAUCCUAUUGAAUUGUAUUUAACUGUUUAGGUUUUCUUUUUCCCCCCCUACUUCAUGGUAAAAAUAAAAAAUAAACAUGUUUAGGCUACUAUCUACUACUUCCACUACAAUCACAAUUAGAUGUAUAUUUUUCACAUAAAAAAAAAUAACAUUUGUUGCUAUUUAGACAGACGGGGUUCUUCUUCUUCUUAUUAUUAUAACUUUAUUUCUUUUACUUUAUUGAAUAUCAGUAACAUUUAAGUGUUUUUUUGUUGUUUAACCUUACUGUAUUUUAAGACAACAACAAAAAAUGGUGUUUCUCUGCAUAACAUUUUGUUGCGUUGUGUAUAUUCUUUUACAUGUGGAUCUUAAAUGGUUGUUUUUUUAUUGUAAUGAUUGGUUGAUAUUACACUGUAAGAGUCACCAUUCUGCUUUUGAUACAGGUUAUACCAAAGUCUUGGGCCUUCGAUAGACAGCCGGGUAACGGGUUAAUACCAUAUCGGUUCUGGAAAUAAACUAACAUUCCAAGUCAAAUUUUCCAUCCUCUUUGGGGAAAAUACAAUGGUGGAAAAAUUGGGAAUUAUUAAAAAUUGGAAUUUUCAGUUUGCUUGCGGAAUUGGAAUGGAUUUGACCCCUAACCUUUGACAAGCAGUCUGAAGGGGGCUGUUCAUUGUCUGUUCAGCCCAAGCAGCAUGAGUCCGACCAGAUUUACUGUUAUACAGUAUCACUAGCCUAUCAUCAAGCUACCAUCAGAGAGAGAUCGAUUCACCACGUCUUGUAUAUACUGUAGCUUGACUAGUUGCAAAAUAAAAAUAUUUAGGACACACAAUUAUGAUAUAUGCACAUAUAACGUUGUUCUCUUACACUUUGAAAAUAAACCAACAUUUAAUUAAUUGA